GCCGGUGUCCGCCUGGCCGAGCUCUGGCUGCUGCGGGGGCACGCGUGCCCGCCUUGCCAUUGCCCGGCCUGCCCGGCCCAGACCUGCUUGCUGACGUGCAGCGGGCCGGCCUCCAGCCACAGCGAGCCUUGUGCCGCUCCUGAGGUGGCAGGAGGCCCGAGCUGGCUCGCCCUGGGGCUGGCCGCGGCGGCCGGAGCGGGCCUCGCCUGGCUCGCCGCCUGCUGCUGGCCGCCGACGGCGCCGCUCGGCGCCGGCCUCGCCGCGGAGUCGCCGCCGCGACGCCGAGCCAGCUCGCGCUGCGGGCGCGAGCUCGCGAUGGCCGCUCGCCCCGCGCUGGGCCUGGCGGAGCCGCAGGUCCUGAUCGAUUUCCCGGGCGACGCUGCUGGCCAUCGCUGGCAUCACCGCCUGCUCCUCAUCCAGACGCCCACGCCGGGCGUCUGGAUCGCCAGCGCGCCUGACUACUCGGUCCACCUCCUGGACCUCAACGCGCAUCGGGUCGUCGCUUUGCCUCGCAACGGCCCUUUCCCCGCAGCCCAGCGGCACGAGAGCUACAUCUUCGACAACCCCGUCCCCGCGGCGGACCUCGCCAGGAUCGCGCAGCAGGUCCCGGCGGACCCCGCAGCGUUCGUCACGCCCGACGCCGCGGGCGACGAGGACUAUUUGUGCGGGCUGGUGGUGAUCGACAACUGUUGGACCUUCUGCCAGCUCGUGGCCGACGCGGACAAAGAUGCCUGGGAGAUCCGCGAUCCGCUGACGGGCCAGCGGCUCGCCUCCUUCGUCGACUCCUUGGCUCUCCAGUACGCGGCCACAGACCCUCCUUUCCCCCUCGGGGGCCACAGGGUCGCUCACGAGUACAUGCGGACUCUGCGCGCCACAGGCAUGGAGUGGGUGACUCACCACCUGGACUUCGUCCAUAAGUCGGGCAUCUCGCCCAACAGCAACGUCGCAAGCACCCACCGUCGCCUGACGGACGCGCUGCACGCCUUCCAGCAGCAGGACAUGCUCAACCUCCCCA